AUGCCUACUCCUCUCCUUUCUUCGAUGCCAAAAUACGAUUGGCUAGACGAUGAGUCGACUAUAUCGGGAGAUGCGAAAACCAAUCAAUACACCCCUUUUUUUGAGCCAAUAGUUCAUAGUUUUCAGGAUGGUGGAUACAACCCUAAUGUGUCAUAUCAUUACAAUCCUGCGGCAUCGCAAUAUCAUUAUGGUGUGAUGCAUCCUAUGAAACCGUUUCGUCUUAUGCUCACGGAUCAUUUGGUGUUAGCUUAUAAGCUUUACGAGAAGAUGGAUUGUUAUAUGCCUCGAAGGGCUACAGAAAAGGAGCUACUGGAGUUUCAUUCAGAGGACUAUAUUAAAUUUCUGCAGUCGGUAACUCCAGAUAAUGUACAGAAAUUUUCUGAACAGCUCAGUAAGUUUAAUAUCAACGACGACAAUCCUGUGUUUGAAGGAAUGUACGACUACUGCAGUCUGUACGCAGGUGCUUCCUUAGAUGCAUCGCGGAAAUUGAUCAGUGGAAUGAGUGAUAUCGCCAUAAAUUGGUCUGGUGGAUUGCACCAUGCUAAGAAGUACGAGCCAAGUGGAUUUUGCUAUGUGAAUGACAUUGCGAUGGCCAUAUUGAACCUAUUGAGGGUGUAUCCAAGGGUAUUGUAUAUAGAUAUUGAUUUACAUCAUGGAGAUGGCGUUCAAGAGGCAUUCAAUCUUACAGACAGAGUGAUGACUGUGUCUUUCCACAAAUACGAUGGAUGGUUUUUCCCAGCAACAGGUAAUUAUGACGAGAUAGGUAUUGGAAACGGCAAACAUUUUGCUCUUAAUGUGCCGCUACGCGAUGGUAUAGACGACGAGUCAUAUAUAAGGCUUUUCAAAUCUGUGAUGGAACCUGUCAUUACGAAAUUUAGACCUUCGGCGAUUAUCCAACAAUGCGGAGCUGAUUCUUUGGGUCAUGAUAGAUUGGGGGGAUUCAAUUUGAACAUUAGAGCACAUGGAGAGUGCGUCAAAUUCAUCAAAAGCUUUGGCAUUCCAAUGAUUUGCGUAGGAGGAGGUGGCUAUACGCCACGAAAUGUGAGUAGAUUGUGGUGUUACGAGACAAGUGUCAUGACAAAUGUUGAAUUAAACUCUAGACUACCAGACAACCUCCCCUUCCGGUCGUUUUUCAAACCAGAUUAUUCAUUGCAUCCAAACCUAGGUGGUGGUAUCAAAAAUAAGAACACCAAGGAAUACUUAGAGAGCAUGAGAUGCCAUGCAUUAGAGAAUCUACGUUAUUUGGAUGCUGCUCCUUCUGUUCAGAUGCAGGAGAUUCCUCCUGACAUUCAGAACAUUGAUGAUGAGGAAGAAAAAGACAUAGUUGAUAGAUUGGAGAAAGAGAGCGCAAAAUCACACUAUAUGAACGAACAGAGAUACUGGAUAUCAUCGAAAGAUGAUGUGAGACCGGGCGAAUUGGUCGAUUAA